GUAAAACAUGUAAACAAAGGGACGACACAGCGGUUGAGUCAAGUUCAGAGUCGAUUAUAAACUGUUUCCCUCGUUCAGGUUGAGUCCAGUUCGGAGUCGAUUAUAAACGGCGUCCCUCGUUCAGGUUGAGUCCAGUUCAGAGUCGAUUAUAAACGGGGUCCCUCGUUCAGGUCAACUCGGUCUGACGCGUGUUAUAGCACGAGGCGUGUUGAAACUUCCUAGCAGCAGGACGAUGACUGCCAUCCUCCCGCGGAUUGAGCAGCUGUCCGCGCGCGUCGUACGGAUCCUCGGCUGCAACCCGGGCCCGAUGACCCUGCAGGGUACCAACACAUACUUGGUGGGCACCGGGAAACGGCGUGUGCUGAUCGACGCGGGGGAGGCGGGGGUUGCGGAGUACAUCUCGUCCCUGCAGCAGGCGCUGGAGCAGCAGAACGCCAGUAUCCAGGAGAUCGUGGUGACGCACUGGCAUCAUGACCACACCGGCGGAGUGCCCGACAUCUGCGCCAGCCUGCCCGGAGUGUGUAAAUUAGGUUGGGACCUCCCAGUGAGUAAGCUGCCUCGCGUGCCUCAUCAGGAAGAGCGAUUGGGGGAGGAGGACAAGAAGACGUACACGUACCUCCGACACGGAGACCUCAUCCACACCGAGGGCGCCACACUCAAGGUGCUGUACACUCCUGGCCACACAGAUGACCACAUGGUGCUGCUGCUUGACCAGGAGGGGGCGCUGUUCUCAGGAGACUGCAUCCUGGGGGAGGGGACUGCAGUGUUUGAGGAUCUCCAUGACUACAUGCGGUCACUACACACACUACUGGACACCAACGCUGACCACAUCUACCCAGGCCAUGGGCCAGUGGUGGUGAACGCUGCCUCUAAGAUCAGAGAGUACAUCACUCACAGAGAUCUGCGGGAACAGCAGAUACUACGAGUUCUUCAGGAGAAGCCCACACACACACACACCGCCGCCGAGUUGGUCAAGAUCGUCUACAAGGUGAACACACACACACACACACACCGCCGCCGAGCUGGUCAAGAUCGUCUACAAGGUGAACACACACACACACACACACACACACACACCGCCGCCGAGUUGGUCAAGAUCGUCUACAAGGACACACCGGAGCACCUUCACAGGGCAGCAGAGGUCAAUCUGACUCACCAUCUGAAGAAGCUUCAGAAGGAAGGACACAUCACUGCAGUUGAGUGCAGGUGGAAGAGUAAUCUCUGAUCUAAGGGCGCUGGAUGCUGGACAGAUGAAAAGACAGAACGAUGUGCACAUGUGGGCAAAGGAAUGAACAGAUGAAUGAACACAUGAAUGAGUAAACAUGAAACAUGCAUGAGUAAACAUGAAUGAACACAUUAAUGAACAAACAUGAAUGAGUAAACAUGAAUGAACACAUUAAUGAGGAAACAUGAAUGAGUAAACAUGAAUAAACACAUGAAUGAACAAACAUGAAUGAGUAAACAUGAAUGAACACAUUAAUGAGUAAACAUGUGCACAAAGGAAUGAACAUGAGAGCAUUAACUGACAUCAUCUUAAUCUAUUAAACCUAUAUUUGAUAUAUGUUGACUGUUAAUAAAUGUAUUGAUUUAAAAUGGU